AUGGAGCUCCGCGGGUUCGUGCUCCUGUCCUGCCUCCUUUCUCGGUCCCUCUGCUCGGACACUGCCCCGGACCGGACCUUCCUGGAGCCGCAUGACUUUCUGUUCGACACCGCGGUGGAGGCCUACAGCCGCGGGGACUGGCUCUCGGUCAUCCUGAACAUGGAGAAGGCGCUCCUGAGCCGGUCCGCGCUGCGCCGGGUCAAAGCGGACUGCCGGGAGCGCUGUGCCAACCAGACCGCCUUCGGUGAGCCUCUGGCGGGCUUAGGAGUCCCCAUCCCGGGCGUGGGCUCCGUGGAUGACCUGGGGUUCUUCCAGAAGAUCCUGAAAAGAGCAGAUUGUGUGAACUCCUGCGAGAGUGAGAAGCUCGGACCCCCGACUCUGCAUCUGUCCAGUGCAGAGACGGAGCUGGAGUUCAGGAAGAGGACCCCCUACAACUACCUCCAAGUGGCAUAUUUCAAGAUUAACAAACUGGACAAGGCGGUGGCAGCGGCGAACACCUUCUUCCAGGCCAACCCUCUGCACACGGAGAUGAAGCAGAACCUGGAGUACUACAGGAUGAUGGCGGGAGUCACAGAAGAAGACUUCAAAGACCUGGAGAUUAAGCCCCACAUGGCUGAUUUUCUGACGGGAAAACGUUACUACAGCCACGACUCGUUCGGACUCGCGGCGGAUUACUUCGAGUCGGCUUUGAACGAGUAUUUUCCGGCCGACAGAGAGUGUCGCGCUCUGUGCGAAGGAUCCUACAACUACGACGGCUACAACUACAUGGAGUACAGCGCAGACCUGUUCCAGACCAUGACCGAUCACUACACUCAGGUGUUGAACUGUAAACAGCGCUGUUCGGUGGAACUGGCCUCGAACGCUGGGAGCGAGAAACCCUUCGACGACUUCCUCCCGUCGCAGUUUAACUACCUCCAGUUUUCAUAUUACAACAGUGAAAACUUUGCCAAAGCCAUAGAAUGUGCCAAAACCUACCUCCUGUUCCACCCCGAGGACGUGGUGAUGAAGCAGAACUUGGCCUAUUACUCCGUGGUUCUGGGGGAGAAGGAGGCCGCCGCCAUCGCACCCCGACAGGUGGUGAGGCAGUACAUACAACAGUCCAUCCUCGAGAAGCAGCUUCUGUACUUUGCCUUUGAAGCUUUUGGAAUCGCCUUCGUGGAUCCUGAUUCUUGGACUCCUGAAGACGUAAUGCCCCAAAAGCUGAGAGAUAAACAGAAGGCCGACAAAGAGACUGCGGCGAGAAUCACAGAAGAAAUUGGAAACCUCAUGAAAGAGAUUGAGACUCUGGUGGAGGAGAAGAAGAAGGACUCCUCAGACCUGACCAAGAUGGUGGCGCCCCCCGAUGAAUUGGCUGUUGCUGGUGCUGCUGAUGCUAGUGCUAGUGCUGCUGGUACUGGUACUGCUGCUGGUUCCGGUUCUGGUACUGGUGCUGCUGGUGCUCUGCUGUUUGACAACAUCAGGAUCAGUAUGACGGCCAAACAGCUGAACGGCUCAGAGAGAGUUCUUCUGGACGCAGUGGUGACGGACGAUGAGUGCAGAGAGCUGCAGCGACUCUCAAAUGCGGCUGCACUAAAGGGAGACGGCUACAGGGGGCGCCCUUCUCCACACACGCCCAGCGAGACGUUCCAGGGAGUGACCGUGAUGAAGGCCGUAAAAUUGGGGCAGGAGGGAAAAGUGCCUCUGAAAAGUGCUCGGUUGUUUUUCGACCUCAGUGAAAAAGUGCGUUUGUCUUUGGAGACGUACUUCCAUCUGAAGACCACACUGUACUUCUCCUACACACACCUGGUGUGUCGCACGGCUGUCGAUGACGACCAGGACGACCGCAAAGACCUGAGCCACCCUGUGCACGUGGACAACUGUGUCCUGGUCUCUGAGAUCAACGAGUGCAUCAAAGAACCACCAGCCUACACUCACCGCGACUACAGUGCCAUCCUGUAUCUUAACGACGACUUUGAGGGCGGAGACUUCAUCUUCACGGAGCUGGACGGCAAAACUGUCACGGCGGAGGUGAGGCCCCGGUGCGGUCGUGUGGUCGGCUUUGGCUCCGGGAGAGAGAACCCCCACGGAGUCCGAGCGGUGACCAAAGGUCAGAGGUGUGCGGUGGCUCUGUGGUUCACCCUGGAUCCUGCUCACCAAGAGAAGGAGCGGAUCCAGGCCGGGGACAUGCUGCAGAUGUUCUCCACACCUGUCGACGCAGAGUUCAUCCAAAAAGACCCUGAACCGCAGACACCGGACAGUCCCAGCUCUGACCACCAGGAGGCAGCACACACUGAGGCUGCAGCGCUCACAGCUGAAGGCCCCACACACCCACAGGACCCACGAGCAACGGAGGAGAAGAAGAAGAAGAAGAAGAAGGAGGACAAAGCAGACAGCAGUGAGAGCAAAGACAGAGUGAAGACGACGGGCGACAAAGUGAAGACGACGGGCGACAAAGACAAAGUGAAGACGACGGGCGACAAAGUGAAGACGACGGGCGACAAAGUGAAGACGACGGGCGACAAAGACAAAGUGAAGAACAAAGCAGCGGAAAAGAGGAAAACCAAAACCAAAGAAACAGCGACAACCAAAGGAGAAAAAACGGCUUCAAAAUCAACAAAAGAGAAAUCUAAGAAAGCCGCCAAAGGAAAAGUGUCUCCACAAGAAAAAACAGAACUGUGA